CUACACAACAGCUGUCUUUUCCCGCUCUCACGGCUGCACAACUCCCAUUGCAGCUCAUUUUUCAGCUUUUCACACGCGCACUGCUGGCACCAAUCUUUACUGAAAUAUUGGAUUUUAAAUAAUUUUCUGCCAACAUGUCGGCCCAAAAAUCCAUCACAAGUUACUUCAACAGCCGUAAGAGAUCUGCGGCCAACUCGACGCCGACGAGGUCGAAACUUUUGAUUCAGGAGGCGGAGGGCCAAAUCAGAAAGAUCCACAAGACGCUGCCCGCCGACGAUGGAGUUUUGCCAGGCUUCUCAGCGACGGCCCACGAGGGGCCCAGCACGACCCAAAAGGAGCCGGCAAAACCAGUUCGCUCCCUUUCGUUGGAAGAGCUGAAAAAUAAAAUCCAAGCUAAGGGCGCGGCCAGGGAAAAGCUGAAAAACAGCCUGAAGAAGUUUCAAGAUCUGGACGAGAAGUUGACGAUAAAACCUUUUGAGAAGCCACUGGAAUUUGAACUUCCCGAGAGUCCAAUCAAGAAGCCAGCAUACCUGAGUCCGCUGAAGUCUCCCUGCAAGUCGCCCUUGAAGAGCGCCUCACCGUCGAAGGCCAGGGUGAAACUUAAUUUUGAAGGCGAGAAGCAAGAUCUGCCGCUGCCGCAGUCAUAUGAGGGUCUAUAUGCCUCAUUCAAGGCGAUGGUCGGCGUCGCGUGCAUGCUUGAGAACAGGAAAGAGAUGGUCACACUGAGCAAGGUGUCCUCAGGUGUCGAGCUGGUCACCAGAACGGCCUUCGGUAGGGAGAAGCUGGCCCAGAUCAAGAGUGUAGACCCUGAAAGCGUCGAGUGCAAACUGCUCAACGACAACGACCUCGAGCUCAAGGUGAAAUUCAGCAAGGACGCGCAGGGCAAGGCGUGGGCUAGUCUUACGCUGAGGGAGGAGAGCUUCCGACUCAAGUUGCUCAACUUAGUCAAAAAGUUCCAUCAGGAAUUUCUGCAACAACUGAACCCGCCGAUCCACGUUGAGCCAGAUCAAGUGCGCCGCUGGCACCCCGAUUUUGAGCCCAACCUGGUCCCUGAAAUAAAGCCUGCAGCCCUGCCAGAAAAUACCAAAAGCAAGGUCUACACUGCCUCAGAAAUCCUAGAGGCGAACUCCUUUUUGAAGAACAACAAGCGGGUUGCGGAAGCCCUGUCGAAGCUGAAGACUGAAGAUGAAGAGAAGAAAGAAGAGGCGACAGAGCCCUUGAACCCGAGCCUGCGCGGGCUGCCAGCGUCGCUUCUGGCAAAGGUGCGGCAGAAGCAGGCAGAGCGGGCGCGGCUGGCAUCGCUUUCGAUCGUGCGGCCGAGUGAGGAGCAGCAGCGGCGGCGGCAGCUGGAGCGGCUGCCAGCGCUGGCCAAGUACGUGCGCAACGUGUUCGUCAGCCAGAAGAAAAACGUGCUGCGACUGGACUUGCUGCUGGACAAGCUGGACGCCUGCUUUCCGUGCCGGCUAGCGCGUGCUGAGCUUGAGCAGCACCUCGAUAUGAUACACGCAGCGGCGCCCCACUGGCUCAGCAAGUAUGUUGAGCGGCAGGUGACGGUCGUGCGUAUCGACAAGGACGCUCAAUUAGACUGCGUUCUGAAAAUACUAGAAAAAAUGCUCGACUGAAGUUGCUCUGCGCGAUGUGUGACCCGUUUUGUUUUUUUACAAAAUCAGCUGUAAUUUUAGCCAUUGCUAGUGUGUUGUGUGUGCGUGAUCGUAGUAGGCCUUUGGAAUAAUGUAAUAAACGUGUGUUACACAAUGAGGCAACUGAACUGACGCGGCUAUCAAUUAUUGCGUAGCCCACUCGAAUUAAUUAUAAUUCUGUAAUACCGUUUAGUAAAACGCAGGCAACUUUUCAUUUUUCAA